AUGUCCAACCCAGAAGCCCUAGCCGCGCAGGCUGCGCACCAGGAACUCAUCGAGCAACUCGACAUCCACUCAAUCCACAAGACCUUCCGCAACCCGCACUGGCGCCCCAACCAACGCCGUAACAAGAACAUCAAAGCCAUUCUAGGCGAUGCCUCGCGCAAGGAAGCUUCUGUAAUCGCGACGCCCCAAGAUAACAGCGGUGCAGCGACCCCACUGCAGGAUAACGACGGUCUCUCCACCAGCGGCGCGUCAACCCCAGCAGCUCCCUCCUCGAGCGGCUCGACCAGCCUCCAGCCGAACCUGGCCCAGGCGUCGCGCAGUUUGUCCAAGCUUGUCCUUGAGAAGACGCUAUCUGCGUCCACGCGACCGCCAAAUGGAGUGUCCUCAGCGCCCACAGCUACCUACACCAACAUUGAGAGCGCGCCCAGUCUUGCGCCGCUGAAGCACUACUGCGACGUGACGGGUCUGCCAGCGCCCUACAUGGAUCCCAAAACCAGGAUAAGGUACCACAAUCGGGAGGUGUUUGCCAUGAUCAGGACUCUACCGCAGGGUGUUGGGGAGCAAUUUUUGGAGGCGAGAGGCGCGCAUACAGUUCUGAAAUAA